UAUUUGAAUAACAGUCCAGAGCCCUAUCUAUGAGACCAAGCCAGCUCUGACGGUGCUGCGGAAACUACAGGUUCAUGAAUGAUGACUGUAGCUGCUGGAACACUGUAGUCAGGAGGAGUUUGGCAUGGUAAAAGCAUAGCUGCAUCUUUUUGUGGUGGUUUUUAAGGUUAGUUUUCCUAGUGAAUAAGAAAGUGCCGUUUAUCACUAAAACCUUUUCAUGACUCAUUAAUAAACUUUCUCUUAUCUAAUUGCAGUGCUUCUGUAGAAUGCAGCAUAACCUCAGCAUGCUAUUAAAGAAAAAUUAGAUUUUCUUGUCAUGAAAAAUGCAAAGUUACUCAUUGAAAAGCUUAUAAUUUCAGCAGCAAAUGAGGCAUGAAAUAUAUUGCCAAAAAUACAGCACCCAAAAACACUGGCAGUAAAUAUUUUAUCUUGGUGCUAAUAAAGGCUUGGAUUUAAAAUCAAGCAUUCUGAAUUUCCACAGUAAUAUCAUUCAUCUAACAGUGCUGGCAUGCAUAGUCUUAAGAACAGCAUGCAUCUGGAAUGACAGAAAUUUUAUGUCGUUAAUCCUUAUCCACACUACGAAAGUGGAACUUGUUUGAAGCUUUGGUAGGAAGUAAAGGUUUUUUUCUCACUUUUCAUUGUGCAUGCGGAUUUAGACUGCUAAGACCCCAGUACUAUGGAAGCAGUGGUUUUACAAACUGCAGGAUAAGAGACUUGAUAUUAGGUAGGACUGGAAGGAGUCUCUCUGGCCAUCAAGCUCAGUCCCCUGGAUUUGUGGGCAUCCCUUGGUCCACAGGGUCUACGAGUUUGUCCACACUGUCCCCUCUAUACACUGUUAACACAAAAGUAGCCAGGUUAAAAGAAACUUGAUUAUGUUUGGAUCUAUUGUUUUUCUUUCACAUUGGGUAGUUGCUUGGGGUUUUCAUUAAUGGGAGGAACGCUGUUAGCAUUUGAGCUUUGCUAAAAGAAGUUUAGAAAACCAGGUACAAAAAAAGUGGCGUUUAUAGUGUAGGUUUAGUACCUCACUGAAUGUCUUUGAGUCUGUCCAGUUUACAAUAGCCAGUCUGCUCUUAAUGGGGACCUGUUCGAGGCCCAGAGACAGAGGCAGCACUGCAGGGCAUUGGGUGGCGGUGCUCCGUCCUCACCCCACCGUUCUGGUCAUUCUUGAUGGGCAGUUGGCUAGUAUUUAAUAAAUAGUCAACAUGCUGUUUUUAAAAAAAUCAAUUCCUACAAGAGAAUUUGGAGUGGGUGUGUUGGAGAGGGUUGGGGUGGGGAAGAGGUGAGAAUGAUGGGACAAGGAGGCUACUCUGUGAUGAAAUGAUCCAUCCUUCGUGGACUUGUUAGCCUGCAUUGCAAUGUCUGCAGCGGUACAAGCUUUCAUCACAGUGUUGUAUAGGGGUGUUUGCACAUCAGCUGCCUUCUGUGUUUAUGAAGCGUUGAAAGUCUUUUUUGGGGGUGCCUGACUACAGUUUGAUCCAUAUAAUGAGCACCAUCUUUUUGGAAGACUGUCUAUAUUUCAGUGUCCAGAGAGGUCUCUGAAGAAUGGUCAGUACAAACAUGCACUCUACCGUCAUCUUAAAAAAUGCCAGCUGAUGAAGACAGAACGACCUAAACCAAACACAUUCAUCAUUAGAUGCCUCCAGUGGACCACAGUAAUUGAAAGAACAUUUCAUGUGGAGACUCCAGAGGAGCGGGAAGAAUGGACAAAAGCCAUCCAAACAGUAGCAGAUAGCCUUAAGAAGCAGGAGGAAGAAAUGAUGGAUUUUAGAUCUGGUUCUCCUAGUGAUAAUUCAGGUGCUGAAGAAAUGGAAGUUUCUAUGACAAAACCAAAACAUAAAGUGACCAUGAAUGAGUUUGAAUACCUUAAGCUACUGGGAAAAGGCACUUUCGGGAAGGUUAUUCUAGUUAAAGAAAAAGCAACUGGACGGUAUUAUGCUAUGAAAAUUCUGAAGAAGGAAGUAAUUGUAGCCAAGGAUGAAGUAGCACACACGCUGACAGAAAACCGUGUUUUACAAAACUCUAGGCACCCAUUCUUAACAGCUUUAAAGUAUUCCUUUCAGACGCAUGAUCGCUUGUGUUUUGUUAUGGAGUAUGCUAAUGGAGGAGAGUUGUUUUUCCAUCUGUCAAGAGAGCGCGUUUUCUCCGAAGACCGGGCUCGGUUUUAUGGAGCUGAGAUUGUGUCAGCACUGGAUUACCUGCAUUCAGAGAAGAACGUGGUUUACAGAGAUCUGAAGCUGGAGAAUCUUAUGUUGGAUAAAGAUGGACACAUAAAAAUAACAGACUUCGGGCUCUGUAAAGAAGGUAUAAAGGAUGGAGCAACAAUGAAAACUUUCUGCGGCACUCCAGAAUAUCUUGCCCCAGAGGUGCUGGAAGAUAAUGAUUAUGGUCGUGCAGUGGACUGGUGGGGCUUAGGAGUUGUAAUGUAUGAAAUGAUGUGUGGCCGCCUGCCUUUCUACAAUCAGGACCAUGAGAAGCUCUUUGAACUCAUCCUCAUGGAGGAGAUUAGAUUUCCACGCACUUUGUCACCUGAAGCAAAAUCUCUUCUGUCAGGUUUGCUAAAGAAAGAUCCUAAGCAGAGGUUAGGUGGUGGUCCUGAUGAUGCUAAGGAGAUUAUGCAACACAAAUUUUUUGCUGGCAUUGUUUGGCAAGAUGUAUACGAGAAAAAGCUUGUACCUCCAUUUAAGCCACAAGUGACAUCUGAAACAGAUACAAGAUACUUUGAUGAAGAAUUUACAGCACAGAUGAUUACAAUCACUCCACCUGACCAAGAUGACAGUAUGGAUUGUGUCGAUAAUGAGAGAAGACCUCAUUUUCCUCAAUUCUCCUAUUCAGCCAGUGGAACCGCUUAAUGUUUUGCAAUGUUUUCCAUUCAGAAACAAAACAGACUGCCUUUUGGGGACCUUACUUCAAUGGACACUAGAGAACUUUCUAUAUUACCUGAAUUACAAACUAUGUUUGUACUACAAUUUAGAUGAAUUUGUAGGAUGCCUUACAGAUUCUGUAUUUAAAACAAUUCUUCGUUGCAUUUUUGAGAAGGAAAAAAAAUCCACUCUUAGUGUUAAGUCAAAGCCUUUGUGCUGAAUGACCAUAGGUUUUUAAGAAUAUGCACCAAAACCGUUUACUUUAGAAGUUAUUAAGAUAUUAAACAUAUCAGCAGCUCUGACCAGAAAACCCCCUUUAUUUAUUUCAUUCAUUUCAUUAUCUAAAUAUAGAAUCUGCACUCUGAACAAUUAGAUUUAUUUAGGAAGAUAUAAGACUUUAGUAGCUAGUGCAAUAAUAUAAGCAACAAAGUGAACAAACUCUGGAGAGUUAAGGGUUCAAACUCACUUUGGACAGCAAAGAAGUGUCAUCCUACUCCAGAAAACCAGUUAUAGGAACAGCAUUAAUGGCCUCAGUGAGGUAAAUCAAGAGUUAUUUUGUUAUAACAUCUGCUACAAGACAUUACAUAUCAAAACAAGUUCAGUGGAAUCUAGUCCAUCUCUACUUUACACGGAUCAGUAUUCCACUCAAGACAGUGCAUUUAAUUAUUACAUUUGCUUAGAAUUAGAACUAUUUGCUAGGAUUGGCUUCUCAAGAUUUAGAAAACAGGCUGAUUUCCAAUCUCAUCUGGAAUGCUACACUGCAAAGUCACCCCACUUUACAUAGCAUAUAAAAAGCUGCAUAGGUCUACAUGAGAAAUCCACCUCAAUGAGCAAGUCAACCAAACAUGAGUACAUUUUGACACUGAAGUAAUGACUUGUUGCCACUUUUUUUUUCUUAAAGAAAAGCUAUAUAAACACUUAAUGAAGUUUGCAUCAUGCUAGAUCAUUUCCUCUUUCUUCGGUGUGCAUUAACGGUAUUGGGCAACAGUCGGCGGUGCUUUCUUACUCGUGAAGAAUCACUUCAACAGUGUUUCCCAUGUAUAAGGAAAAACUAGAUUGAAACGUCGUAUGUGUUUGAGUAAUAUGAUGUCCAAAAAGUGAUUUUUUUUUUGUUUUUUUUGGUUUUUGUUUUUAAUCUUAGUGGACAAUACUCCACACCCUAUUUUGUUGUAUCAUGUUUCUUUGUAAUUUUCAUAAAAGCAGUCUUAUUCUGUCUUUACUGCAAGUGAAUUUAUUCCAUUGUAGGUUGCAUUCGCUUAGAUUGCUUUUUGUUUUUGUUCUCUUGACUGUAUAAAAAUGACGAAAUGUACUGCAGUUAAUUAGCUUUUUUUUUUUUUUUAAUUUGAAAGGGAGUAUAUUACAAGUACCCUCACUUCCCCUUCCCAUAGCAAACUACUGUGUUCAACCACAGAACACCCACCACCAUCAUUUUUUUUUUUACAACCAUUCAACUUUAGCAUUUUUACUUAUGAUAUGAGUUUCCCUCCAAAUACUUAAAUAAAAACUGCUUUAACAAGUUAGGUUUUUAUUUCUUUUCGUUAGGAGCUUUCUGGCUUUGUGAAAACAUGAAAGCUGUUUUCAAAUUUCUCUCCAUCCUUCCCUUGUGUGAAGCCUCUUAAGAGUUUAUCUGCUUCCACCCACCUUCCCGCAGCCCUUUAUUUGCUAUGCACUCAAGGUCUGUUCAGUAGUAGGUUGUUAUGGAAAUAAAUUCUGUACUGGAAACCUUCCUUAGGGAAAGGGAAUGAGGAAGGGCCUUGUUCUGGUGUCCGUACUUGUGUCAAUGGGACUAAACUAAAGUGCUCUGAACAAGAAAGGACAGGAUAAAACUCGGAUAUGCAGGUGUGUUGCUGAGGCCCUAAUCCUCCAAGGUAUUUCCUAUUUUAGUCGACUGAGUCUGGGUUGCAAGAGGUAAAACCCCAUCUUAUAUUAGGGUAUUAAUAGGUUCCUUUACUCCAGGAGCUAUUUUCCCCAAAGAGGAGAUGCUGCCCAGUUAAAAAGGAAAUGCAAAGACAGACAGAAAGACAUUUCUUCUUCUGUACCCAAUGUGUCAAGCUAAGCAAGGAUGCUGCAACGGUGCAGUAAUCAGCUAAACAUUAGGGGUGUGCGAAGUGGGCCCUAUUCGAUUUGGAUUUGGCCCGAAUAAGGGACAGUGAUUCAGUUUGUU